AUGGCGCUCCUGGAUAAGCUGCUUGGCAAACCACUUGCCAACCAUGAAGAAGAGGAACAGAAGGUCGGGGUUAUCGCGGGCAUCCCUAUGCUGGGACUGGACGCUCUGUCUUCAGCGGCUUACGGCCCGGAAGCCGCGCUGACGAUCCUGCUCCCGCUGGGCGCGCUGGGGCUUGUCUAUAUUGGCCCCAUUACCAUUAUCAUCCUGAUACUGCUGGCGCUGCUUUACUUUUCCUAUCGGCAGACCAUUGCCGCGUAUCCCGGCGGCGGCGGCUCCUACACGGUCGCGAAAGAAAAUCUCGGCAUCCAUGUCGGACUGCUGGCGGCGGCGGCGCUGCUGCUGGAUUAUGUUUUGAACGUCGCGGUGGGAAUUUCGGCGGGCGUAGGCGCGUUAGUUUCUGCCCUGCCCGGAUUGCAGACGCAUACCCUGGCGUUGUGUCUGUUCAUCCUUGUUUUCAUCACGCUGAUCAAUUUGCGCGGGGUGCGCGAGUCGGGCAUUGCCUUCGCUCUCCCGACUUAUUUAUUUAUUGGCACGAUGGGCGUGGUGUUGGCUAUUGGGCUUGGCAGGGCCUUUCUGAGCGGAGGCCAUCCCGUGGCGGUGGCUGCCCCUGCGCCCUUCGGCUGCACCGCCAUGACCGGUGUGGAAGCGGUCAGCAACGGAGUCACUGUCUUUGCUAAGCCAUCGGUGCGCGGGGCGCAGCGGACGCUGACGGCCAUUGUCGUGAUACUGGGCGUUCUGCUGGCAGGCAUCGCCUAUUUGUCCCGCGCUUAUGCGAUUGGCGCGACCGACCCGGACAAGCCGGAUUAUCAGAGCAUCAUUUCGCAGUUAGUUGGCGCGGUCGUGGGCAGAGGCGUUUUCUACUACAUUACAAUUGCCAGUGUUCUGGCUGUGCUGGCUCUUUCCGCGAAUACCAGUUUCGCGGACUUCCCGCGUUUGUGCCGUCUGAUAGCGCAGGACAAUUUUCUGCCGCGCGCUUUCGCCAAUCGGGGCCGACGCCUGGUUUAUACGCUCGGCAUUAUGGUGUUGACCGUUAGUUCGGCCCUGUUGCUGACUAUCUUUGGCGGCAUUACGGAUCGGCUCAUUCCGCUGUUCGCUAUCGGCGCGUUUCUGGCGUUCACGCUGUCUCAGGCAGGUAUGGUAGUUCACUGGCGGCGUAAGGGCGGGUCAAAAGUCCGUGUUCCUCUGCUGGUUAAUGCGCUUGGCGCGUCGGCAACCGGAAUUGCGCUGGGAAUUAUUCUGCUGGCAAAAUUCGCGGAAGGCGCGUGGAUUACGUUGCUGAUUGUUCCGGCGGCCCUGAUGCUGUUCCAUCAGACCCGACGGCAUUAUGACCAUGUGGCAGAAGAUACGAACUGUCCGCGCCCGCUGAAUUUAACUGGAAUGGAGCCUCCGCUCGUCGUUGUGCCAAUCAAGACAUGGAACACGAUUUCAGAAAAGGCGCUGCGGUUUGCGCUGGGGCUUUCGCCCGAUAUCGUUGUUGUGCAUAUCAGCGCGAACGAAGCGGAAGGCUUUCAGUUGCGGAUGCAAUGGGAAAAGUAUGUAGAAGAACCGAUACGUCAGGCGGGACUGCCGCAGCCGGGUCUCAUGCUGAUUUCUUCACCCUACCGCCGCCUGUUUACCCCCUUGCUAAACUAUAUCGGAGACCUCAAAGCCGAACAUCCCAGGCGGCAAAUUGCCGUUAUCAUCCCGGAACUGGUGGAAACACACUGGUAUCAAUAUUUGCUGCACAACAAGCGAGCGAUGGGGCUAAAGGCCGCGCUGCUGCUCAAAGGGGAUCAGCAGGUAAUCGUCAUCAAUGUUCCCUGGUAUCUAAAUGACAAGGGCGCGUGA